GUUGCAGGGUUUCCAGUGCACCGUAAGAUUUGAGACAGCGAUCCAGCUGCCACAAGGAGGAGUCUCCUGCAUCCAUCCCGCCUUCUUCUCAGAGCUUCCUCCAUCCUGUCUCCCCGAGGAGGAGCAGUAACACUCCCCGCCUUCCACCGUGCUGCUGGAAGCUGAACGUAGCGCUGAGACCCCUCUGCACCGCCUCUCUAUAUCGCCAACCGCCCCCACUGUCACCGUGAAACCGUCGGAAAGCCUCGCCGCGUCCGAUAACAAUCCGGCGCCUGAGCUCAGCUAGCCAUCUCUGAAUUGCUUCUCUGGUGUGUUAGCCUGUUUUCACACGCCCAGCACCAUGUUACGUGAGCAGAUGAAUGAGUAUUUGGAAGUGAGUCGGGAGAUAGUCAAGGUGAUGGUGUCGGACACUGCAGCCGGAGCACUGAAGAAAAGUCUAGACAGGCAGGAGGCGAUGAUCGAUAGUCUCCUUGACACUGAAACGAAGGCUUCACAGCUCAUUAGAGCUCUUAUGUCUGUGGAGGAGCAGGUAGCACACACUCUUUUAGAUACAGAAGAAGAGAAGCAGAAGACUUUAACCAAACUGCAGAAAAUUGAGAAGGAGCUACGAGAUGCCUGUGAGAAGAAUGCCUCCAUGGAAACAAACUAUAAAUUCUUAAAAAAAGAUAUGGAUGACCUGAAGGAAAUGGAGGAAGAGAUUGCAUACCUGGAUAAAGAAUCAAAUGAAGAUACUACUGUAAUAAUACCAUCUGCACUGUAUUUGGCAAAACUGUUUCAUAACGUAACAAAGAUUGACUGGGAUUACAACUGUGACUCCACUCUCAUUAAAGGCAUCCACUACGGAGGGGAGAUUGCUCAGCCAAUCAGUAUUGACAGCACCCAACACUCCCGAAUCUUCAUCUGUGAUUAUCUAUGGAGCCUUCUGUCCACGGACUGGUGACAUCACAAACCUAUAUAUUAAAUACUUUUUU